AUCACCUCUCCCCAUGCCUCAGACCACCCUGCUGCCUGAUUUGUUAUCCCAUAAAUACCCCCAGCCCCUUGUUUUCCGGAGGCGGGGUUUUGCUUUCUUUCUGUCUCCUCGUUUGGCUGCCUUGCAACUCAACCCUCUACUGCAAAUGUCAGCAUCUACAUUUGGGCUUGCUGCUCGUGGGGCCAAAGGAACCUGGCGGACCCCAAGAACUCACCCCAGUUGCUUUCCUCCCCUUAGUCUAUUUACAAAUGCCUCAGACCCAGGCUUCCACUCAUCCCUGGCCAACUAUGGAACUGAAAAGGGCAGCCCCGAAUCUACAGUCACAGAAACUUCUGAGGGUCUCCUUUUACAUCAAAGACGCGGGCAGGGGCUCCUGACUCCAUGCAUCCCUCCUCCAGUUGAUCCUGAAGUGAUCGACGCAAGGGCACAGGUAUUUUCUGGCUUGAGUUGUACAAAGAACUGGACAGUCUUCUGCCUUUUCAGGCAAGAACUGGAUGCCGCCAACAGGAUACUGGUGGUUUUGUCCCAGAAAAGGAGGGGAGGGGGCUUAGGAGAGCAGAACUGGGACCUGGGAGUAGCCAUGGGCUGCUUCCUCUUGCUGCUUCCUUUCUCUUGUGGACCCAUCCCUUAGUGCAUGGGGGAUGGGAAUUUGCCUGGGGUGGGGAUCCCUAGGCUAGAGGUGGCACAAGGUUCUCCUUGCCUUUUGGUCAGGCAGAUCGUGUGUCAUGAGAAAUUGCCAUUAAAUUUGUGUUUUAAAUCGAUUUUUUUUUUUUUUAAACAGAUGGUGAUUUCGAAUUUGUUGUUUUCUCAGAGGAUAAGGCUGAAACAGGCUCUGUAUUAUAGAGCAUUUGAAGCAGAGACAUUAUACAAUUUCAUCUUGGCUAUGGAGGGGGAAGAAGGCAGGAGAGCUUUGGUGUUUAUGUUGACUCAAACACAGGAAGCUUCACCACUUAUUGUUAUACUAUCUGGACUCGAAUCAUGGGGAAAAAUGAAUGUCGUCCAUCAGGACCUCAGGCUCUUUUGAGUCCAGUCACCAAAUUUCUCCCUUCAAGUAAAGAACACAGUAUAUAUGUUUGGGUUUGUAUUGAUUUAACAAGGAAAUAUCUGAAAAGGCUCCUUAAACUCCAUUAAGCAACACCAAAUUUCUUCAAAUUAGGACUUAAUUGUUGCUCGAUUUCCAUACCAUAUUCUCCUAUCAAAGCCCAGAGCAAUGGAGCAGGAUGGUUUUUCAGGAUGGAAACCACCAUCGUUUACGUGGUCCUCUGAGCCCUGGUGGGAAUCUCUGCAGUUAGACACACAAAGGAGAAUGGAGAUGGGCUUUAAAAAACAAACAGGAA